UCGGUCCGCAAAUUCCGAAACAUGUCGACUGCUUCACGAAAUUAAAACCAAGUUUCGAAACGAGUUAAAAAUCUUUCUACUUUUGAUAUCUUAAUGAUUUUUUGUAACCGCGCUUUGUUUUACAUUUAGGUUUUAAUUAUAACGUAAGUUUGCACGUUUUAGACGCGUACUAUUGCGAUGAAAUAGUGUGGAAUACUUGGCACGAAGGAUCAAAAGGGACAUCAAACACUUCAAACAGGUCUACAAAGGGCCAGAUUAAUGAUUUUUGUACCCCUGGGCGGAGUUUAAGAAGCAUUGCAAUGUCCUCGCUUUGCCCUAAGGCAUAUAACAAUAUCACCUUUGCUUUUGCCGCCUAUCAUGAGCACUGCUGAUAAAUCAACCUUGCCUUCAGCCGUUGCCAGCCGUUCGACAAUUCACCACUCUCUUAGCAGUAAUUCAGCUCGACCUUCAGUUAUUUCUGGUGAAGAUUUAAAAAGUAGCGAAGAAGAGUCGACAUGGGUACCGGAACUGCCCCCCCGUCCUCGGCAAUUAGCCAUGAGCUCCAAAGAUUUAUCAGAGGGCUUUGUCCCCUUAGCAUACGAAGCAGACGGAAGCUGCGGAAGGAGCUCUCCUUAUCGAUACACAAACACACUAGAACGAAAUCGGAAACCUCUUCCUCAACGUUCAUCACCUCCACAUCAUCUCUGGUCAAAAGAUGUAAAGUUCUUACUCGAUGACGUUGAAGGUGUCAAUCUGUUCACGAGCUUCCUCCAAGACCAUUGUGACCAGUUAGAAUUAGAAAAACUCCAAUUUUGUUUUGCAUGUGCUGGCCUUAAAACUCAGGAACCAGAAUCUGUUCAACAAAUAGUCAGAGCUAUCUAUAAAAAAUAUUUUAGAGAAAGAAAUUUAGGAUUCCCAGCAGAAAUGCGAGAACGAUUAAGUCAUCAAAUCAAUGAACGCAGCACACUUCGGAGGAACACCAGUCUGAAGUCAAUAUUUGAGGAAGCCUAUGCCUUCAUGCUUGAUAUGAUCAGCAAAACAUCUUACUUAGCCUUUUUGAAUUCGCCACUUUGCCUUAAUUAUUCUCUCUCCAUGCCAAUCAACGAUCGUGAUGGUAGUGCUAGUAGUAGUUCUAGUAGCGUGAAAGAUGACCAUGAAUUAGGAUACAUGACAAACAGUCUAUCAACAGUGCACGAGGGCAAGGAGCUUGUCACCAAAACGCCUGUCAAACUCCCGCUGACCAGAGACGCUCUUCUCAAAACGCAAAGCCGAAGACUGGAAACUGCUCCCAAAAUGCUUCCCAGUCCUUAUCACACGAAAACAAUACACCCCCAAUAUAUUUCUUGCAAUCCAGUCUCAAGUCAAGAUAGUGAUGCCAGAACAGAAUCAGAUUUAUCCAUUACAGAUGGGAGCAUGGAUGGAACGUCAAGCCUGAGCAGGUUUGUGCGCCGGUCGAACCAUAAAAAUUUGAAUGAAGGGAAAAAAUUGAACAAAGAUAAUGUGAUGGUUGGGCAGGUGCCUCUUACACAAAAAGAAAACCGCCAGCUACCGUUGCCAACGAACGAGUUACUGUACGAGGCAGCAGCCAAGUUGGAAGAGUAUGCGAAAAAACUUGAAAGUGAGGAGCUAUUGAAGAAAAAGCUUGAAGCCAGUGACAUCGUACCAGAACGCAAGGAUUUAAAUGAAACGUUGAGACCAGAUGAUCUCAGGGCAGAGCUUGUAAAAGUUAUCAACAAAGAUGCGCUUCAGUUGGUGGAAGAAAAUUCUCAGGAUAUAUUAGACAAACAUUGUAAGCGGGUCUUUUCAUCUGAUCAAACGCCUGUUGAGACUCCUAAUCCAAAAUCACCCCCCAGGAAUAAAUCUCCUGAGUUACCCUGCCGUCGAAGUAGAUCAGCUUUCAACUCAACUUCAACUUCGUUAUCUCUUUCAAACUCAAUGGCACCACCCCCUGUUCCUGCGCAUGGCAUCAGUUCAUAUCCCUAUAAUACUUCACGCUCAUCACGUAAAAAAGACAAGGAUGGUAUUUCAAUUGUCUCUGUGGACUCAGGAAACAUCCAUGACUUAUCAGAAGGCUCGGAACAUUACCAUUACUCUCCAUCUCAUUCGUCGCAUUACCUACCUAAAAGUAAAUCGAUGCCAGAUUACGCUCACUCUCUUGACCAACCAAAACCUGACUCUACGUUUAUGAAUACAAGUCAUCGCAGCUCCAGCAGAUGGUGGAAUAGUAAAAAACCUGGGGAUCUGACAGACAGUGGAGUCAGCGUGGUUAGCGAUACGCCUCCCGUGAUACCAUUCAAAGACAAGAACCGCCUACGAACCUUUGCUACAAGUUCCUCUGGAAGUAAAACCUUGCCACAACGCUCUAUAUCUUCCGAGCAAUGUCAUUCUCUCAAAAGGCUCCCACACUCUGUACCAAUUCAGCCAUUCAUGGCGGAUUCAUCGAUGCCUCUACAUGAUGUUCCCUAUUCUUUUGCCCAAUCUGAUGAGGUCAGCAGAAGGUUAAGCGAGAGCAACGCUGACAGGUGCCGAAAUUUCCGACCUAGGCACAUGGGGAGCAGCAAAGGAGCAGAUCUACCUCAGUCUAGUUAUCCGUCAACGCUGCGCAGGAGCAUGGCUAGUCAAUCAAACAUGAUGCCUCCCAGCGACAAACCUCCUAUGCAAUACUCUGCCUCGUCCAGUGCUACUGGCGAUGACAACUGCACAAUAGUUGUAUAUUCGUUUUGUAACGAUGAAGUGCCCUACAGGACGAAAAUACCAAGCAAUCCUGUCACUUUGAAGCAGUUCAAAGAUUUUCUGCCUAAGAAAGGCGCUUUCAGGUACUUUUUCAAAACAAAAUGUGAUGACCCUGAUAUCAAAGUCAUUCAAGAAGAGAUUUUUGAUGAUAAUGAAGUGCUGCCAUUAUGGGAAGGGAAAGUAAUGGGUCAAGUCCAAGUCAAAGCAACUGAGUAAGAUUUGUGGAGUCUUCAUUAAUUUUAAAGCUGUUAGGAUUUGUAUUUCUCUUUGUUACUGAUUCCGAACUUAUUGUUGUCUACUGGGGCCUAAAUCAAUCCUACCCUUGGAUGGUCCUGUGAUCGAGACUUGGUUGACAUUAUUUUAAUGCUUUUGCUGUCGAAAUCUCUGCUUCAAAGUACGGUGUCUUCACUAAAAUAAGGAGAGAGAGUUUCCCUAUGUUUCAAUGUGUUUCUUCAAUUAACUACAGUGGAGCCCAUGUAUAAUGAAGUUCACAGUUCCCAGAAAAACUUUGUUAUAUCCGGAACUUCGUUAAAAGCAGACUGCAAGUGUGAGAGAGUGGGGUGUGAGACAUGUGCGGCAGGCUGUGCAGUGAGCGCUCACUUCGUUAUCGCUCAUUCUCUUUUAUUCGUAACUUUGUGACUGCGCUACUACCACAUGUUUUACCGCAAUCGAGCGGAACUCGUCUAGAGAGCAGAAAAUACCGAACACAAUAGCGGAAAUGGCGGCAAAUUACUUCGUUAUAUGCGCGGUGCCGCUGCCGAGACUUCGUUAAAGGCGGGUUUUUUUACUAUUGAGUGUAUAUGGAGGCACUAGAAAAAUGAAAAUUACAUUGUUAUAUCCGAAACUUUGUUAAAAGCAAGUUCAUUAUAUACGGGCUCCACUGUACUCAUUUUGUAUUUCAUCUUCAUUACAUUUUGAUGUUAUUUUUGGCCUGUACAGCCCAAUGGGUGUGCAGAAAUUUUUUGACCCUCUGACUGGCAGAUCAGGCGCGGUUACAAGUAAAAAGAGGAAGGCUCCAAGAAUGGGCUAUGAAAACAGGAAGGGAGGAAGAAAGGGUCUUUAAAAUGGCAAGGGCGGUUGGCGCAAGCUCAUGGAUAGCAUGUUAUCUGCAAAAUUGCAGUUGUUUGGAAGUGCAGAGCCAAAAAAAGGGGGUCAGCUCUUUGGAAACUUUGGGGUUUUUAAAAAUGGGGAGGGGGGCUAAUCUGAAAAAUAGGGAAGCAAAGAAUCCUCCGCAUCCCCACAACCCAAGAAAGCACUGAAUUUCAAUAUGAGAUCAAUGUUUUAGACUUGGUCUUGACCAAGCGAAAUAAAAAUGCUCUCUUGAAGUCAGAAACGGGAUUGGCCCUAUUAGCCUAAUAAUGAGAAGGAAAAGUAAAGCUGAAAGUGUAUGUCACUAUUUUAUUAGAUCUCAAUUUAGGCAUGGCGAGACAGUAGGCGACCUCAAAAAUUCUUACAAGAAGCUUUCAAUAAAUGCAAUCGACAUUUAAACCUCAGGCUGAAAGUGCUCAAACCCAAUUGAAACCUUAUGCCAUUGAAGGAAAGAUUAGAUGAAUGAUAAAAAUCAUAUUCUUUGAUCAGCUAAGUUUUCGCAAUUGUCAGUGACAAGAAGUUAAUGGUAAGAUCAGUCUAUUUCAUCGAAGCGCUGGAGGAAAAAAGUAGGAAAUUAUUAAGUACAAAGAUAGGGUGAAAUUGGAGUUUUUCCUAGGUAGGAUUAAUUGCCGAGGGAGGAAAAAAAUAAAAAAAACUUGUCCAUGGAUUUCUUUAGCAUCCCUGCUAGUUUGCUCUCUCUCUUGCCAUAAGGAGUAAACAGAGGUAAGUGGCCUUUUUGUCAUUUUAUUUUUAAUGCCCAUCCCGAUGACGCAAGAAGAAGCAAGUGAAGAGAAAGAGAAAAAUGCUAGACACUAGAUUAGAAAACAAAGAGCCUAAGGAAGGGAAGGGUGGGAUUUUUUUUGUGCAAAGCCAGGUACAAAUGAAAAAAAAACGGCCUACCCCCUAUUUUUUUGCUCAGUUCUUUUGCUUUUGACCUCAAUAAUUUUGAACGUACAUUAUCUUUCAUAGCUUUUUUGCAUAGUUUUUUAAUCUUUAGUUUUUGUCCGAUCUUAACUCCAGAAUCAAGAAUCCGGGUGCUACAUGGUAACUUGGGUUAAGAACCAGUGUUCCGUGCGUUCGGUUAUUUUGAUCAUUAUUUGCUCUUGUCAUUAUUCCCUUCCCAUCAUGUUUUUUGUAAAACUGGUUAGGUUUGUAAGCAUUAGUGCAUUUGAAGCAAUAUUUUGUUUUAAGUCUGACUCUUAUGUGAUCAUUUGCAUAAUCUGUUUAGGUUCAGUGAAACUUUAGUCAAUGAAAUAUCCUUUGAGAGAUUACAUUUUUGUCUGUUCAAGAAGUAACAGUCUUGGUCUGUCUUCAAUUAUUGAAAAAUAGUGAAGUAAGUCACGACUCUCACUUUCGAAAUACUAUAAUGAAAAUUAUAGAUUGUCCAUUGUACUUUUAAAGUUAGCCAACUAAAUUGGUGCUAGCCUUAGCACAUAUCUUUAUAUAUGUGAACAUCAUUAAAUAAUGGCUAUCUUUUGCCAUUGCCUCAAAGCAUGUAGUCAACUAUGAAAUCAGAAAGAACCCAACAAAUUAUCCUAGAAAAAUAUUCCCAGAAUACAGAGCGAGUCCACAAUUGAAAACUGAAUUUUUUCAAUUAGGAACUAUGUAGCUUCUGUUUUUAUUCAAACGGUUAUCGCAUCUAUUUAUGAAUCACCAAGCAUGCAGACUAGACUAUGUAGUUUUUUUACCUGUUGAGCUCUGUCCAACUGAAGUUUUACAGUACGCAAAUCCACACAGACCAGAAUCAUUUGUUCUUUAAAAAUCAAACAUGUAAAUAAACGUUAAUGAUCGUGUUUAAAUUAUAUUUUAUUGAUGAUGAUUUCUAAUAUUCAAGCAUGUGUACAUGUACGUUUAUGACAUUAGUUUUCUCUGUCGUUCAAUAGUUCCUAACAAUAUUUCUAAGCUGCUGCGCUCUAUCAUGUUUGUGAAAUGUUUUGUAUUAAGGAGGCAUGUGAAGGCAGAGCUUCCAAUUGUCCUCACCUCCUGUUUUCUGGCCAUUCUUUGUGUUGCUCACUUUUUAUCAUAGGCCAUUAUUAUUAUAUUUGCAUUCAAUUUUGUACUUGGUGAAUUGUCUUAGUCAUUGAACCAAGUCAAAGUUCAGUAAUUUUUAGCAACUGGUUUUGGAAGAAUUUUGUAGCUUUACGUCCCAUUUGGUAUGUAUGAAUUAUUACAGCUGCUUGAUAAUUUAAUAUCGAUUGGACACAAGAUCAAUUUAUAUUUAAACACUCAGGCGAAUGGAAUCAAAAGUUAUUGAAAGGAAUCAUUGAAACUGUUAAAAAAAGUUUUGUCAAUUAACAUCAGAGCGCAAGGUUGAAGAUGCUUGUAACGUCAACUAGUUAGAAGGGGGAUAUAUCCAUUAAUGUUGGACGUAAAAAGUAGGCAUGUGAACAGAUCUCAUUAUUUUUUGCUAUUCUAUCAGCUUAAACCAUCAAAACGCAA